AAACACAAACACAAAGACAGAGAGACCAACGUAACGUAAGUGGCAUAAGAAUUUUCCGAUAAGAACGCAAUCGUCGGCGCACAUAAGUCCUCAGGCAACAACUAACCAAACCAUACCAACAGCUGAUGACAAAGUCACAUAUAAAACUAUAAAUAUUAAAUUACAAAAAAAAUUAUUGUUUUCAUCUCACCACUCUCUCCCAUCUCUAAUCUCUCACUGAAACGAAAUGAGAGAUCCCAUCGUCACCGCGAAUGCGUAACUCGCCGAUCACCGUCGAGAUCCCAAAUUAAUGUCCGCUUCCCAAACCCUAGGCGGCCCUUCCCGCGCAGGCCGCCUCCUGGGCCCGUCGCUCGACAAGAUCGUAAAAAAUGCUGCGUGGCGCAAGCACUCGCAUUUGGUCGCCGCCUGCAAGUCCGCGCUCGACAAGCUCGACUCGGUCUCCGACUCGUCCAUCGUCGACCCCAAAUCGCCGAUCUCAGGCCUCUCCCUCGCCGACUCAGACUUCGUCCUCGGCCCCAUCCUCCUCGCCCUCGACUCAGCCUACCCCAAGGUCGUCGAGCCCGCGGUCGACUGCGCCUUCAAGCUCUUCUCCGUCGGCCUCUUCCGCGGCGAGAUCGACGCUUCCGAUCAGAAAUUUGUUCUCUUUAAGCUCGUCGAGUCGCUGUGUAAGUGCGCUGGGCUCGGCGAGGAGCCGAUCGAGCUCGGCGUGCUCCGGACUCUGCUCGCCGCUGUGAGAUCGCCGCGGGUUUUGAUCCGGGGCGAUUGUUUGGUGAAUAUUGUGAGGACUUGUUACAAUGUGUACCUUGGGGGAUUGAAUGGGACCAAUCAGAUCUGUGCCAAGUCGGUUUUGGCUCAGAUUAUGGUGAUUGUUUUCACCAGAGUGGAGGAGGAUUCUUUGAAUGUUAGCAUUUCUAGGGUUUCGGUUAAUGAAUUGUUGGAAUUCACCGAUAAGAAUUUGAACGAAGGGAGCUCCAUUUUGUUCUGCCAGAAUUUCGUCAAUGAGGUUAUGGACGCGAACUAUGGUGGUCCGGAUAGUAACAAAACGGUGGCGUCUAGGGAGCUGAAAUUGCAAAAUGGCAAUGCCGGUGGACGCGGUGACGGAGAUUCGAAUGCUGAUGGAGCUGAAUCGGGUGAUGGCGCUAGUAAGAUUAGGAAUGAUGGGUAUCUUUUGUUUAAGAAUUUGUGCAAAUUAUCGAUGAAAUUCUCAUCACAGGAGCACUCUGAUGAUCAGAUUCUCUUGAGGGGUAAAGUAUUGUCAUUGGAGCUUUUGAAGGUGAUCUUGGACAAUGGGGGUCCAUUUUGGCGCAACAAUGAGAGGUUUCUCAAUGCUAUCAAGCAGUUCCUCUGCUUAUCACUCUUAAAAAACAGUGCGUUGUCAGUCAUGGCCAUUUUCCAGCUUCAGUGUUCUAUUUUCACGAGCUUGUUAUCAAAAUUCAGAUCAGGGUUGAAAGCUGAAAUUGGUAUAUUUUUUCCAAUGCUCGUCUUACGCGUGCUUGAGAAUGUUCUGCAGCCUAGCUUCUUGCAAAAAAUGACAGUCCUCAAUUUAUUGGAGAAGAUCUCUCAGGAUUCACAGAUUAUCAUUGACAUUUUUGUCAACUAUGACUGUGAUGUGGAUGCCCCAAACAUCUUUGAAAGGAUUGUCAAUGGUCUUCUGAAAACAGCUCUAGGACCACCCUCUGGUUCAACAACAACACUGUCUCCAGUGCAGGAUAUCACUUUCCGGCAUGAAUCAGUAAAGUGCUUGGUUAGCAUCAUUAAUUCAAUGGGAGCUUGGAUGGACCAACAGCUGAGUCUGGGAGACUCCUAUCUACCAAAGACCAAUGAGAGCGACACUUCAGCUGAGAAAAUGGAGAAUCAAUUGACCCCAAUUGGUGAAGAAGGAGCUGCUUUUGAUAAUGAAUUACACCCAGAAGGAAAUCCUGAAGUUUCAGAUGCUGCAACUCUCGAGCAACGUCGAACUUAUAAAAUUGAACUUCAGAAAGGUAUCUCGCUGUUUAAUAGAAAGCCUUCCAAGGGCAUUGAAUUUCUUAUAAGCACCAAAAAGAUUGGUAGUUCUCCAGAAGAUGUGGCUUCUUUCCUGAGGAACAACACUGCUGGCCUAAAUGAAACCAUGAUUGGUGACUAUUUGGGUGAAAGGGAGGAAUUUCCUCUAAAAGUUAUGCAUGCUUAUGUGGAUUCCUUUAAUUUCAAAGGGAUGGAUUUCGGCGAAGCAAUAAGGUUUUUCCUCCGGGGCUUCAGGUUACCUGGAGAAGCACAGAAAAUUGACCGCAUCAUGGAGAAGUUUGCUGAGCGCUAUUGUAAAUGCAGUCCAAAUUCAUUUACUAGUGCAGAUACUGCAUAUGUCCUCGCAUACUCUGUGAUAAUGCUCAAUACAGACGCCCAUAAUAACAUGGUGAAAGAUAAGAUGACCAAGGCUGACUUCAUCCGGAACAACCGAGGAAUAGAUGAUGGCAAGGAUCUACCUGAGGAGUAUCUUGGUGUCCUAUAUGAUCAAAUUGUUAAAAAUGAAAUUAAGAUGAGCGCUGACACUACUGUACCACAGAGCAAGCAGGAAAACAGCUUUAACAAAUUAUUGGGCUUGGAUGGUAUCCUGAAUUUAGUAACUGGAAAGCAGACUGAAGAAAAAGCUUUGGGUGCAAAUGGGCUUCUUAUAAGGCACAUUCAAGAGCAAUUUAAAGCAAAGUCUGGAAAAUCAGAGUCUGUCUAUCAUGCUGUGACAGAUGUGGCAAUAUUGAGGUUUAUGGUGGAAGUCUGCUGGGGUCCUAUGCUGGCAGCAUUUAGUGUGACUCUUGACCAAAGUGAUGACAGGCUUGCUACUUCUCAAUGCUUACAAGGUUUUCGGCAUGCCAUUCAUGUUACUUCUUUGAUGGGAAUGCAGACCCAGAGAGAUGCAUUUGUCACUUCAGUGGCAAAGUUUACUUAUCUGCAUAAUGCUGCAGAUAUGAAGCAAAAAAAUGUCGAUGCUGUGAAGGCAAUAAUAUCAAUCGCCAUUGAAGAUGGUAAUCAUCUUCAGGAAGCAUGGGAACACAUACUAACUUGCCUUUCCCGAAUUGAGCAUCUGCAACUGUUGGGAGAAGGUGCACCAACUGAUGCGUCCUAUUUGACUGGAUCAAAUGUUGAAACUGAGGAGAAAACAUCAAAGCCUAUUGGAUUUUCUUCUCUGAAGAAAAAAGGAACUCUCCAGAAUCCAGCUGUAAUGGCUGUUGUUCGUGGGGGUUCAUAUGACAGUACUAGUGUAGGAGUCAAUACUUCUGGACUGGUAACUCCAGAACAGAUAAAUAACUUUAUUUCAAACUUGAAUUUGCUGGAUCAGAUUGGGAAUUUUGAGUUGAAUCAUGUGUUUGCUCAUAGCCAAAGAUUGAACAGUGAAGCGAUAGUGGCUUUUGUGAAGGCUUUAUGCAAAGUUUCCAUGUCAGAGUUGCAAUCUCAAACGGACCCUCGUGUGUUCAGCCUCACAAAAUUAGUUGAAAUAGCGCAUUACAAUAUGAACCGCAUCAGAUUAGUGUGGUCUCGCAUAUGGAAUGUUCUCUCAGAUUUCUUUGUAUCAGUUGGCUUGUCCGAGAAUCUCUCAGUUGCAAUAUUUGUGAUGGAUUCAUUGCGUCAGCUUGCUAUGAAAUUCUUAGAGCGUGAAGAACUGGCAAAUUACAACUUCCAGAAUGAAUUUUUGAGACCAUUUGUGAUUGUUAUGCAAAAAAGUGGUUCUACAGAAAUUAAGGAAUUAAUAGUUCGGUGCAUUUCACAAAUGGUCCUCAGCCGUGUCAAUCAUGUGAAAUCGGGGUGGAAAAGUGUUUUUCUGGUCUUCACGGCUGCUGCAGCUGAUGAGCGGAAAAAUAUUGUCUUGUUGGCCUUUGAGACCAUGGAAAAAAUCGUCAGAGAAUAUUUCCCUUAUAUAACAGAGACAGAGACGUUGACUUUUACUGAUUGUGUUAAAUGCCUCUUAACCUUCACCAAUAGCAGAUUCAAUAGUGAUGUUAGCCUCAAUGCCAUUGCAUUUCUCCGGUUCUGUGCUGUCAAACUUGCAGAAGGAGGCCUUGUUUACAAUAAGAGGAGUGAGGUCAAUGUGUCGUCCAUUCCAAAUGUAAAUGAGGAUGGCUCAGAUGUAGCGACUUUCAACGAGAAAGAUGAGCAUGCAUCCUUUUGGGUUCCAUUGCUAACAGGUUUGUCAAAGCUGACAUCAGAUCCUAGAUCAGCUAUCCGGAAGGGUUCUUUGGAAGUUCUUUUUAACAUUCUAAAGGAUCAUGGUCAUCUUUUCUCACACUCGUUCUGGACUGCAAUUUUCAAUUCCGUUGUUUACCCCAUAUUUAGAGAUACAAAUAUGAAAAAUGACCCGUCUUCGCCAGUUUCAGUAUCUCCACGCCCUGAGGGAAGUACAUGGGAUUCUGAAACUUCUGCAGUUGCAGCAGACUGUCUCAUAGAUCUAUUUGUCAGCUUUUUUGACAUAGUGAGGGCUCAACUACCAGGUGUGGUGUCCAUUCUGACAGGGCUCAUCAGAAGUCCUGUUCAGGGUCCUGCUAGCACGGGGGUUGCUUCAUUAGUGCGUUUGGCUGGGGAAGUGGGAAACAGACUUUCGGAAGACGAAUGGAGACAGAUUUUUCUGGCUCUGAAAGAAGCAGCCACAUCCGCAGUGCCUGGAUUUAUGAAGGUGUUGAGAACCAUGGAUGACAUCAAUGUUCCCGGUCUUUCUCGAUCUUAUAGUGAUAUAGAUUUGGCGUCUGACGAGGGGUUUACAAAUGAUGAUCUUGAGGAUGAUAACCUGCAAACAGCAGCAUAUUUGGUUUCCAGAAUGAAGAGUCAUAUUGCUAUGCAGCUACUCAUCAUACAGGUUGCUACUGAUUUAUACAAAAUAAACCACGAAUCCUUGUCAGCCGCCAACAUUGGAAUCCUCCUUGAAAUAUUUUCCCUUGUUGCAUCCCAUGCUCACCAACUGAACUCGGAGACAAUUCUGCAGAAGAAGCUGCAAAAAGUCUGUUCUGUCCUGGAACUCACUGCCCCACCUUUGGUUCAUUUCGAGAACGACUCUUAUAAGAAUUAUUUGAGCUUCCUCCAAAACGCGCUCAUGGAUAAUCCGUCUAUGUCCGAGGAUAUGAACAUAGAAGUUCAACUUGUGGCAGUGUGUGAAAAAAUAUUGCAGAUAUACCUAAAGUGUACAGAGCCUCGAUCUUUCGAGCACAAGCCAACUGAUCAGCCUAUUCUGCACUGGUUUCUUCCUUUGGGUACCGCAAAGAAGGAAGAAUUGGCUACCCGAACCUACUUAGCCGUGUCGGCGUUGCAGGUAUUGUCUGGUUUGGAAAGGGUUUCAUUUAGAAGGCACGCAUGCCGGUUAUUUCCUUUGUUGGUAGAUCUUGUGGGGAGUGAGCACACAUCAGGUGAAGUUCAGCUUGUUUUAAGCAACAUAUUCCAAUCAUGUAUAGGCCCAAUUGUAAUGGAAUGAAUGACUCUUCUAUUUUUUUUCGGUGAUAAUACUUCUUCGCA